AUGGUGUUGAGAUGCAAGACGUGCCACCAGCGCGCCAGAGACCAUGAUGGAAGCUGCAAGAACUCGAAGUGCGCGCAGUACCGCGCGCCUCUGAAAGGGCAGCAUUGGAAAGUUGCCAGGGUGAGCGAUAUCUUGGGCAAGCCGACAGAGAAAAUCGGCGCGUACGUCGCCGGCGGUUUCAUUCUCACUUUGCUUCACAGACAUGACAUUCGCGUCGGCGUAGCGAGCGGCGAGUAUCUUCGGGCCGCAGCCUCUGGCGCGACUGCAGUGCGCUUGGAGCUUUUAGCGGUGGUCUAUCUGUGCUACUGGCGGUGGUCGGCGAGCUCACUUCUUGGAUACUUGUCGAAGGCAUUAUCCCGUUUUGAGCGCGCGGACUCCGCAGACAGAGCUGAGAUCUUAAAGGGCGCGUGGUCUUCGAUGGAGGCGGACAUGGACGGUUACCAGGUCGUCGGAAAUCGCCAGGAGCACGAUGUUCAGUUAGUACCCCGCCAAGACCGGAAAUGUAUCGCAAUCUCAGCCCCUGGCGAGACUUUUGCGUAUCAUCCUUACAAGAACCCGGCUAGUCGCCGCACUGGUGCGCACGAAUUCGAGAAAUUGGUGCCUGACGUGCAGAAUGGUAAGCUCCGGGACGCUUGCGUAGAUCUCGCCGAGUUGUUCGCCGCGAAGCCCACGUUCAGGGACGCCGAGAGCAUCCUGCGAAAGCACGAGAUACAGCUAUGGGCCGGCGCCACAUACAAUCGAGUCAGGUUUGUGCAGUGGCUGUUCAAAGCGGAGGGCCUGCGCGUGCCCGUCGAGGACAAAGAUUGGCCCCUGAUCGCUGGCAUGGGGUCUGGGGCUGAAGAGGGCCUGGCCGACGCAGGUAUAGAUUCGCACGAACAGGUGUCCAUCGCGCAAGAUUUGGGGUUGGUUGCCCCGGUCGCAGCCGCUGGCGCGAGUGCGCCCUCAGGCGAGACUCUUUGUCAUGCGCGAGUCAGGGGCAAAACCGCAGCGACGCCAGCCAUCGUCUCCAUCGCGGCGUGGGUGCUCCAGGAAAUCUUGCGCUGGGUGCGCGCUCCCGCCGCGGGCGCAAUAUGUAAUUGUUGCCGCGCGUGGCGCGCAGGAGGUCUAUUUCUGGCCUGCGCGGUCUCUGAGAGGAGGCGGGGCGUCGCAGACUCUGUCGCGAGCAUCCUGUCCUUCGAUGCUAAGCCCGUCCAUGCGCUGCGCGAUGCAGGAGUCUCCAAAAGUGAUGUUCUCCGCGCUUGGGCCUGCGCGUGGGACUUGCUCGAUGGGCUCCCCCCGCGUGCUAGUUUGGACUUCGACGAGCGAUUGUUGUCAAUGGCUCUAGUUCGCAUGGGCGUCAAGGAACACCUUCGGGGCGACGCGAAGAAGGACGCGGCUGCCCUGAUGUUCCCCGAUGCAGGCGGGGAAUAUUCGCUUGCGGCUGUGGAAAAAGAAACACUGGCAGCGAUGGAAUGCCAUGUGGUGAUGAUGAUGGCGCACAACGAUUCUGGCCUCUGGCGGUGA